AUGCCUGGCGCUGACAGGAAGCCCAAGACUUUGUAUGACAAGGUCUUUGAUCACCACAUCGUGAACGAGCAGGAGGAUGGCACCGUCUUGAUCUAUAUCGACAGACACCUGGUCCACGAAGUGACUUCUCCACAAGCCUUUGAAGGUCUUAAGAAUGCGAACCGCAAAGUCCGCCGGCCGGACUGCACGCUUGUUACCGUCGACCACAACAUCCCUACCUCGUCACGAAAAAACUUCAAAAACGUCGAACAGUUCAUUGAAGAGAACGACUCCCGCCUGCAAUGCUCCACCCUCGAAGAGAACGUCAAGGACUUCGGUUUGACAUACUUUGGGAUGGACGACAAGCGACAGGGUAUCGUCCAUGUUAUCGGUCCCGAGCAGGGCUUCACUCUCCCCGGCACAACUGUUGUCUGCGGUGACAGUCACACUUCCACCCACGGUGCCUUUGGCGCUCUCGCCUUCGGUAUCGGUACUAGUGAGGUUGAGCACGUCCUUGCCACCCAGACCCUCAUCACCAGACGCAGCAAGAACAUGCGCGUCCAGGUUGACGGUGAGCUUCCUGCUGGGGUCACGUCGAAGGACGUCGUUCUGCACAUCAUCGGUCUUAUCGGCACCGCUGGUGGUACGGGAUGCGUAAUUGAGUUCUGCGGUUCUGUCAUCCGCGGGCUGAGCAUGGAGGCUCGGAUGUCUAUGUGCAACAUGUCCAUCGAGGGCGGUGCGCGUGCUGGCAUGGUCGCACCAGACGAGACUACCUUUGAGUACCUCAAGGGCCGCCCUCUUGCUCCCAAGUACGACAGCGCCGAAUGGAAGAAGGCUGUCAGCUACUGGUCUAGCUUGGCCUCUGACGAGGAUGCCGUUUACGACAAGACCAUUCUGAUCGACGCCAAGGACAUUGUUCCCACAAUCUCCUGGGGUACCUCUCCUCAGGAUGUUGUUCCCAUUACAGGCGUUGUCCCCGGCCCCGACGACUUCGAGGAUGAGGCUCGCAAGGCCGCCUGCAAGCGCGCCCUCGAGUACAUGGGCCUGACCGCCGGAACGCCCAUGAAGGACGUCACCGUCGACAAGGUCUUCAUUGGCUCCUGUACGAACUCUCGCAUUGAGGACUUGCGCGCCGCUGCCAAUGUUGUGCGAGGUAAGAAGGUCGCCUCCAACAUCAAGCGUGCCAUGGUCGUUCCCGGCUCCGGUCUCGUCAAGCAGCAGGCCGAAGCCGAGGGUCUCGACAAGAUCUUCAUUGACGCCGGCUUUGAAUGGCGCGAGGCUGGCUGCUCCAUGUGCCUUGGCAUGAACCCCGACAUCCUCUCUCCUCAGGAACGCUGCGCUUCUACCUCUAACCGCAACUUUGAGGGUCGCCAGGGUGCCGGCGGCCGCACACACCUCAUGUCCCCCGCCAUGGCCGCCGCCGCCGCCAUCGUCGGCAAGCUCGCCGAUGUCCGUGAGCACAUCGCUGAGAGCCCCCGCCUUGGAAAGGUUCAGCCCAAGGUCGACGUCAAGCCUGAAGCCGAAGACGUUGACACCGAGGAAGAACUAGACCACAUCCUUGACCAGCCCGCCGACAAUGAACCCCAUACAAACACGCACACCCCUGCCACCACCUCCGCCGGUCUCCCCAAGUUCACAACCCUCAAGGGCAUCGCGGCCCCUAUGGACCGCAGCAACGUCGACACAGAUGCCAUCAUCCCGAAGCAGUUUCUGAAGACCAUCAAGCGCACCGGUCUUGGCUCUGCUCUCUUCUACGAACUCCGCUACAAGGACGGACAGGAAGACCCCUCCUUCAUCCUGAACCAGGGAAUCUACCGCAACUCCAAGAUCCUCGUCGUCACAGGACCCAAUUUCGGCUGUGGCUCCUCCCGCGAACACGCCCCAUGGGCUCUCCUCGAUUUCGGCAUCAAGUGUGUCAUCGCCCCCUCCUUUGCAGACAUUUUCUUCAACAACACCUUCAAGAACGGCAUGCUCCCCGUCGUGAUUCCCGACCAGGCCGUCCUUGAGAAGAUUGCCGACGAGGCCCGCGCCGGCCGCGAAGUCGAAGUCGACCUCGUUAACCAGGAGAUCAAGGAUGAGGCCGGGAACAAGCUUGCCUCCUUUGAUGUUGAUGCCUUCCGCAAGCACUGCCUUAUCAAUGGACUCGAUGAUAUCGGUUUGACGCUGCAGAUGGAGGAUAAGAUUGCCAAGUUUGAGGCGAAGCGUACGCUCGACACGCCUUGGCUGGAUGGCAAGGCUUAUCUGAAGCGUGGUCGCACUGGUGGUUCCAAUAUGGUUAAGGCUGCGCCCGUGCCGAAGACCAACAGAGGAGAUGUGAAGGGGGAGCCUCUGGAAUGGUAG